CUUUAAUGUGGAUCGUGGCUCGGGAACGACUAACACCUCAUCUCAUGAGACUGUAUGGUCUCAAAACCGUUGGCGGCGAUAAAAUUCCUCUGUUUUACUAUACCGGAUCUCAGUGCUGAUUGGGCCAGACAGUUUUCUUCUUGAGCAGUGAGGGCGGCUUUCAGUACCUUUACGUCCAGUGACCGGAGCACAUACGAACGCUGAAACUUUGUUUAUUUUUCGUACUUCCCGCGGAACCUCCCCAUCUCUAUUUCCUCUCACACAUUUGCCUCCUAACAAAUACCAUCUGGAAAUGAAGACUAUCACCUACUACUCCAAUAAAUUCUUAUAAUCUCUGUGCUUUUGUUGUCGUUAGACGUUGACAAGCCUCUCAAAGUCACCUCAGACAAUGGAAUUGCACUCCCAAUCAUGCAACCACAUGGACGACGAAAUCUACGCUGUCGCCCAGCAACUUCAGGAGUUACAAGAGUACCUUGACUCUCAAAAAGGGAAGUGUCGGGCCGAUGACAAUGAAGACUAUCUACAAGUAUUUGGCCAAGAGUUGAGAGCACAUAAAAGGUCAUUAGAGGACAACAAGCUUGCCUCGAGCAUUGCUGUGGCAGUGCAUUCCGACAGUCAGGUUAUUGCUACUAUUACACGGGAAGAAGCUCAGGCAAGCGAUGAUCGACGUCUGGCAAUCAGAAUAAAUGAAAGAAACGAUGACUCGAACUCUUCCACAACCGAUUGUGCUGUGGAGCAGCCUCAAGCGGCCACAGAGCCCCAGUCCAGUGACGAUGAGUGCAUCGCGGGCCCCUCGAUGACAUACAGAGAAAGACAGGCCUUGGAAUUGGAGAAGUCUGCCGCCACGGAAACUCGGUGCUGCGUGUGCUAUGAGAGCUUCUUCGCUCAUAAGAUGAAGCAAUUGGACUGCAACCAUAAUUACUGUGACGAUUGUCUCAAAGAUCUCUUUCUAAGAGCGACAAAGGACUCAACUCUCUUUCCUCCACGAUGCUGCCGUAUGCCGAUUCAUCUAGAAGCUGUCCAGGAGCAUAUGUCACAGACUGAGAUGUCUGAUUUCAAGAGCGCGGAAAUUGAGUUCUCUACCACUGACCGCACUUAUUGCAGCAAUACCAGCUGCGGCAAGUUCAUACUGCCUCAAAACAUCACAGCCGGCCGUGCUGAGUGUCCCCACUGCAACCUGAAUACCUGUGCCAUGUGCAAAAAGGCUUUUCACAUCGACGAUUGUGUGGAGGAUACUGAUCUGCAAGCUACACUGGCGCUAGCCAGUGCCCAAGGAUGGCAACGGUGCUUCCGUUGCAGGGCUCUCGUCGACCUGGGGUUCGGCUGUUACCACAUAACGUGCAAAUGCCGCGCUGAGAUUUGCUACCUCUGCGGUCUUCAAUGGAAGACGUGCGAAUGCGUUACUUGGGACGAGGGAAGACUACUCGCCAGAGCGGCAGAAGUUGUAGACCGUCAGGCCCCAGCGCCCUUAGCACCCCCGAUCCGCGAUAUCCUAGUUCAAAGAAUGCGGGCAAAUCUGAUGGAGAAUCACGAGUGCGAACACCGAGGCAGAUUCCGGCGUCUUGAAGGUUCAGGAUGGGGAGUAUUUGAAUGCGAGAUCUGUGGAGCACGCCACCGGAAGUACAUCCUGGAGUGUCGCCAAUGCCAGAUCGUAGUUUGUGAGAACUGCCGACGGAAUCGCAUUUGAUGCGGUGUAGAAGGUUACAAAUUUCGUUGACUGGUUGAUGGAGAACUGAGUAUUUGAUGACUUGUUACCAAAAAUGCUGUUUCAAGAGUGGCUGGGUAGGGUCAGUGUAGAGGUGUGGUACUUGACGAGCUUCAUAGGUAGCGGAGUAUUUAUGUUUACCAGAGAUGCUGUUUCGUUCCAUUUUCAGAUAAAGUAUUAUUUAUAGUCC